GUCUCACACAAUUCUACUUGUCCAGCCUACCAAGAGGCCAGAAGGCAGAACAUACGCCGAUUAUGAAUCGGUGAAUGAGUGCAUGGAAGGAGUCUGUAAAAUGUAUGAAGAGCAUCUGAAGAGAAUGAAUCCCAACAGUCCAUCUAUUACUUACGAUAUCAGCCAAUUGUUUGACUUCAUUGAUGACUUGGCAGACCUCAGCUGUCUUGUUUACCGUGCCGAUACUCAGACAUACCAACCGUACAACAAAGACUGGAUAAAGGAGAAGAUCUACGUCCUCCUCCGCAGGCAGGCCCAACAAGCGAGCAAAUAAUGGGGGUACCAUCAUUACAUGGGUUUGCGGGAGGGCUUGGACAACAGGUGUGUACAGAGUGUAGUAGUGAACGUUUUGUAUUAUAGUCAUCCUGUUGCCAUUUUGUUAAACUCUUUAGCCAGGACUGAAUGUAUUGUUAGAGAUGCAAGGGUUGUGUUGGAUUUGACUUCUUUUCCCCGUGCAAAUGGGGCAACAUCUUUGGUAAUUUUGGUUUUUUCCCUCUGGUUAGCUAAUGGUCCUACCUUGUUUGAACCCCUGGGGCUGUUCACAUUGUACUUCACCACAUUCACUGUAUGUGCCCUUCUGUGGGGUUUCCAACAUUUAGUUAUGUCCUUGAGAGGGUCUUAACGGGAAAUAAAAAACUACCCUUUAGUUAAA